UCUGCCUGCGGUCCUACUAUUUCCAACAACUGUGAUUUUAAUAACAAAAGGCAAGGGAAAACGCAAAAAGUAAUGGGGAAUCAAUUGGGACUUCACAUGAAUAGCGAUGACGAUGAUGACUUUGACUCUUCUGACAACGAGCUGGGCAUUAAUGUGAUUAACUUUACCGUAAAUGCCAUGGACAUGGAACUGCGCUCUGAUUACUUCAAUCAUGCGCUGCCAGUAAUAAGAAGCAAACCAGACCUGGUCAAAUUUCAGAGCACCGACAUGUACAAAGAGAUCAGAGCUUCCAGUGGGCUGGUAAGCCAUCCGGAUUAUCGCUGGAAUCUAGUGCGUGCCCUUCAGCAGAGAGAAAAUGGGUUGGCAUCGCCCCACAGCGCCUCGUUUUCCAAGAACCAGCAGCGCUACAUUUCCAAUCUUUACAUACCAAAUAAGAAGUCCUCGCGUCUCAUGUCGCUGGACUCCAAAAUCUUUGUGACCAAGUUCAAUCGCACAGGCAGCAAACUGCUGACCGCCUGUCAAGAUGGCUUUGUGCGCAUUUACGAUGGUGCCAAGGGAACCUAUCACCUGCUCAACCGAAUCCGAGCCCGCGACGUCGAGUGGAGCAUCAUCGAUGCCGAUUUCAGCCCGAAUGGUCAACACUUUGCCUACAGCACCUGGUCCCGCUCAUUUUUCAUCAUGCCCGUGAACGGGGGCGAAGACGACUGCCAGUGGAUCGAUGUUAAUGGGCUGCCCAACCACAGGCUGGCCAUUUUCUCGCUGCGCUACUCACCCACGGGCGAUAAGAUCAUCGGCGGCAGCAAUAACGCCAAUGUCCUCGUGACCGACAUCCGCACGCGGACCACUCAAAUCCUCCGUACGCACCGCAUGCCCGGCACCGAUGUAAACUCGGUGUGCUUCCUGCACGACAAGGACCCAAAUGUGAUAAUCGCCGGCUGCGACGACGGCCUGCUCAAAGUGUACGACCUGCGCACCACUUUCCGUUCCCGUGAGCUGUCCAAAUCGGUGGCCUCCUUUAUCGGCCAUUACGACGGCGUCACCUACAUCGAUUCGCGCAACGACGGCUACCACGUGCUGUCCAAUUCCAAAGACCAAAGCAUCAAGAUCUGGGACAUGAGGCAGCCCAGCAAUCUGCGCAACCGCAGCCGCGCCAGACAGCAGCAGCUGGACCUCACCAUGUGGGACUACCGCUGGAAUCGCGUCCCGCGCGAGUUUUACAAUCCCCAAAAGGCGCUGGAUGGGGAUGCCAGUAUAAUGACCUACCGCGGUCAUCGUGUUACUAAAACCCUGUUGCGGGCAAAGUUUUCGCCCCUGGAGCAGACAGGACAGCGUUACAUUUACACGGGCUGUGCAACGGGACGCAUUAUAAUCUAUGAUGUGCUUACUGGUAAGAUUAAAGAGGCUAUUGAAGGACAUAGAAAUGUGAUAAGAGAUCUGGACUGGCAUCCAGAGCGCUCAGAAAUUGUGUCUGGUUCGUGGGAUACCCAUGUUCACCUGAACAACUUCAGCCGCAGCAACGCCAAUCGUUCCCUCAAGCGAUCUCACAGCUCCGAUCAGGAUAUGAAGCCCUUGCGACGGUCAUGCCGGCUGGCGAAUCGAAAUGUGACUCCAGACUAGUUUUAAUGUUAUCGUAUUGACUAGCUUGUAAGACAUCCCCACUGAUAUUAACUUUAACAUUCAUUCAUAAACGCGUGCGUAGACAACGGGAACGAAUAUUCACCACAGUCGAACCGCACUUUGGUUCUAUGAAAAAGACUGAAGAAUAUGUCACAGCUUGAAAUGUUUAGUUCAGUUUAAUUAAUUAUCUUGUUACACAUUAUAAUGUAAACCAUGAAGCUUACAAACUACCUACUUAAGUUGUUUAUGUACAAAACAAUCUUAAUUAGAAUCACGUUGAAUUAUAUUUCGUUUGCUAGAACUAAA